AAUUUCUGCUUCAUAAUGCCGGAGUUCAAUCGCAGCACUGUGACUGAAUUCAUCCUUACUGGAUUUCCUGGACUUCAUCCAGAGUACCAAGGCCUUGUCUCAGCAAUACUGUUCUUAGUUUAUCUCUUAACUUUAACAGGCAAUGUUACAAUUCUUUUUUUAUUUGCAACCAACCGUAGUCUCCAUAAGCCAAUGUAUUAUAUAAUUCUAAAUCUGUGUACAUGUGACAUCCUUUUUAGCACAACUACCUUACCUAAGAUUAUUAGUAAGUAUUGGUUUAAUUCAGGAACCAUUUCAUUUACUGCUUGCUUUGUCCAAAUGUACUUUGUUCACUAUCUUGGAACAGUGAAUUCCUUUAUUCUCUUCCUGAUGGCUUUAGAUAGGUAUGUGGCGAUCUGCCAUCCUCUUAGCUAUCUCAUUGUUCUUAAAAAUUCCACAAUCCUAAUUCUCAGUAUUACUGCAUGGGUUCUAUCCCUGCCAACCAAUUUAAUCAUAACUAUUAGAGCUUACCCUCUGCCAUACUGUGCCUCAAACAUCAUCAACCACUGCUACUGUGAUCAUAUUGGCAUAACUACCCUGGCAUGCACUGACAGAGCCCCGUAUGGGUUUCUUGCUUUUGUAUUUGCAAUGAUAGUUUUACUAGGACCUUUGGCAUUUAUAAUAUUCUCCUAUUGCUCGAUAAUUGUGGCAGUACUGAAGAUAGCAGAUAUAAAAGGUCGUAAAAAAUCUCUGUCCACUUGCAGUACUCAGGUGAUUAUAAUCUCACUCUAUUAUUUGCCAAGAUGUUUUGUGUAUUUAUCCAGCAAUGUUGGCAUUCGAUUUAGUGCUGAUAUACGAAUAGUAAUAAUCAUGCUGUAUAGCCUUUUGCCCCCAAUGAUUAAUCCACUUAUUUAUUGCUUAAGAGCUAAAGACAUGAGAGAAAGCCUGUGGAAGCAAUUUAAUAGACGGAUCAUUCCACAAAAGACACAAGUUUCAUCAAUUAACAAAUUAUAG